AUGUGUGAUGAAGAAAUUUGGAAUAUAAAAGAAAACUUAAAAUACUAAUCUACUAAAGAUUUCUGUGUAAAAAGCUUCAAUCCAAAUCUUAACACAAAAGCUUGCUUAGAAAAAAGAAGGAGUGGUCAGACUUUAAAGUAAUUUAUUGAUGAGAAGGAGAACUCAAACUUUAAUAUAAUACCUAACAAUAAAUUUAAUACUAAUUAAGAUUUAUCAAAGGAUUUAAAAAAGCAAACUACAAAUGGAUAAAAUUAAGAUUGUAUCGAAUGGAAAUAAAUUGCAGAAAAAUAUAAAUACACUGGAAUGAGAGUCAUCGUUAGGAUUCUUCAGCAGUCACAGUAUACUUCUAUUUAAACAAUUAUUACAGCUCUAGAUAUUUUUGAAAGAAUAUUGCAAAACAUAGAACAAAACGAUAUGAAUACUCGAGAACCUGAAUAUUUAUAAUAACUUGCAGUAACAUGCGUAAUUAUUUCAUCAAAAUAUUGGGAUGUCAAGCACAUAAGUUUUGAAAAUUUGCUCAAUGCAAACUCGCCUUAUCCCUAUACAUCUGAAGAAUAUAAAAAUUAGGAAAUUCUCAUUCUAAAUUACCUUGGUUUUCAAGUAAAUUAAUGCAAGUUUUUUGAUGAUGCAUGUGAAAUCUUGCACAAUUCUUUAGAUGAUCUGGAUCUUUUCUCUGAUACAAAAUAUGAAGAAUUUAUUUAUUAGCUCUUCAAAUCCAUCUCAAAAGUUAGCCUAAAUGUAAAACUUUAAUCGCUAGACUGUAAUUUAGAUAAGGAGUAGACUCAUAUCUUACCAUGGGUGAUUGCCCUUUACUCAAGUUAAGUUGCUUGCAAAAAAUUCCAAUAAAAUAAUUUAAACGAUGAUUUAUCUCGUAAUCAAGUCAGAAUUGAUGAUGAAAAGAAUAUUAAAAUGCACCAACAAAUGAGUAAUAACUCGAUUAAUCCACUUUUGACAAAGUAAGAUUCAUUCUAUAAAAUCUCGAAGAGUCACAGAUCUUACCUUAAUUAAAGUGAGCUUCAUUAAAGCUAAAACAUUAAUGAUAAAUCCAAUAAUUUAAAAAUAUAAAUAAAUUGCUACCCUGUUAUGAUUUAAAAAAAUUUAAUUCUAUUUUAACCAUCUUAACUUUAUUGA